GAGGGGGAGGGCUUCGAGUGGAAAGGCCACUCGGCCACGCCGACACGGUCGGCAGACUCUUGGCCACGACGUGCUUCCCGCGUCAGACAGGCGCGCAGUAGGGCUUCAGGAGACCGAACGUGCAGUCAUGCUUCUCGGCGCUGGUGGUUCAUGAGCCACUCAAUGAAAGAGAACGCACACGAAAUAUGGCGGAUGCGUUCGGACAUGCCGCAGCGUAGAAUGUCGUGUGCGUGUAAAGACGCAGGCUUUUUGGGCUCAAGGCUAGGGCAGGCUCUUGGCCAAUGAGCGUCCGCGGUCCGCACCGCUGGAGGCAUGGCAGCACAGUUCUGCCCGUCGUGUGCCAAUCUGCUGGUCAUCGACGUUGGGGUCGGGAGAUCCGGAGGCGUGGCGUUUCGCUGCAGGACGUGCCCCUACGUCUACAAGGUCGAGGAGAAGCUCGCGGACAAGCAAGUGCUCCCCAGGCGGAGGGUCGAUGACAUAUUGGGCGGCGAGGAGGCGUGGAAGGACGUGGAUACCACCGAGGAGCAGUGCCCGCGGUGCGGCCACCACAAGGCCUACGUCAAGCAGCUGCAGACGAGAUCGGCAGACGAGCCGAUGACCAACUUCUUCAGGUGUACGAAGUGUUCGCACAAUUGGAAGGACCAGUGAGGCCUAGGCUGCCGGCUGCUCGCUGCAGCCGCCUGGCUGCUCACCGCCUCACGCUUGUCUACCAGUUUCGGCUGGAGAGCGACCCUGCGUGUGUGCAGCGAGGGCAACUCAGAAA